UUACGUGCACUUUCAUAAGUGUUGACUACACUGACAUAUCUACGAGUGGUUUGAAGUGGCAGCUCGAUUCCCGGGCGUAUCACAUUCUGAGUGUAUUCAUAUUGAGUUGCUUCGACACUGGAGGACAGUCGAGCGACAAACUGCCACCAUGAUGGGCUUGCACUGCGUGGUGUUCGCCGCUCUGGUGGUGUGCGCCCACGCCAUCAACCAGACCAUACUCAACGUCCCUGGAACCAGAGCAAUGGUGGAAACCAACGGUGUCGGGGGAUUUCAAUUAACAUUACAAAGAGGUGACAAUGAACCAGAAAGCAUCAUCUGGAUAGGUCGUAACUUCCCUGACCCCACCACUGUCGUGUCUACCAACCCACUGAUCCUAAGUUACGAUGACUUCAAUACCACGGUGACCAUCUCCGGCACAAACGUCACUGGCAAUAGGACCGGCCAAAUCAUCUCUGUCGCCUGGGACUCUCCGAAGGAAUAUGAUCUUGAAGACUGUGUUGAUUAUGGCACCCACCAAUGGUAUGGAGGGCCUCAGCAGAAGGGGCAGUAUUGGCCCAUCCAAAACUUGAACUUCAGCGAAUAUUCGUACGUCACCAAGGAGGCAGACAAUUGUGGAGUGGCCGAGAGAUACUGGCUCAACUCUGCUGGAGUCUUCUACUACUUCGACAAAAAGGUUCCACUAUUCGUCGAUUCUAAGAACUUACUUAACAACUCAGCAUGCUUCAUCGCCAAAGUCCAACCACCAUAUUCGAGCAAACGAACAAGAAACUACCUCAUCUAUGACAUCGCGAUCUUCGAAGACGUGAGGAAAGCUCACGAAUAUGCUGUUGAAACGUACCUGAAGAAACCAACAGGGUACCCCGACGAAUUGAUGAUCAAAUACCCAAUUUGGUCAACUUGGGCAAGAUAUAAAAGGGAUGUCAAUCACGCUGUAGUACUAGAGUUUGCUGAUGAAAUUACUAAAUAUGGUUUCCCGAACAGCCAGUUUGAGCUGGACGAUUUGUGGGAGAUAUGCUAUGGGUCUCUGACGGUGAAUACUACCAGGUUUCCAAGCAUGAAGGAGACUAUAGCUAUACUAAAACAGAAGGGAUACAGGACCACCAUGUGGGCCCACCCCUUCCUGAACAAAGGGUGCGAUCCUUGGUAUACCAAUGCGAAGGAUUUAGGCUACAUUGUAUCUUCGGAGACUGGUGAAGUUGACACCAGCUGGUGGAAUGACAACGGUACCAUCGGUUCCUACAUCGACUUCUCCAAGGAGACUGUCAGGAAGUGGUACAUGGACCGGCUGAUUAGACUGCAGAAUGAAACUGGUGUGGACGCGUACAAGUUUGAUGGUGGCGAGACCAGCUGGUCGCCUACUGUGGCCGUCCUCCAAGGUGACAUUUACGAGCACCCGAAUCUCAUAACCACAGACUACGUCAGGACAGUCGCAGCUUUUGGAUCCCUGGUGGAAGUUAGAGUUGGAUUUGGAACUCAAGACCUUCCAAUCUUCGUACGGAUGAUCGACAAGGAUACUUACUGGGACUUCCGCAACGGCCUAGCAACCUUAAUCACGACGCUGUUCCAAAUGAACAUCAAUGGCUACCCUCUGGUGCUCCCUGACAUGAUCGGAGGGAACGGGUACAACGAGCCUCCUUCCAGGGAACUGUUCGUCAGGUGGUUACAAGCUAACACCUUCAUGCCAAGUCUGCAGUUCUCUUAUGUACCCUGGGACUAUGAUGAUGAGAUCAUAGAAAUAAGCAAGAAGUUUGUGAAUCUUCACGCGGAAUACGCUCCAAACAUCAUCGAAGCCUGCAAGAAGGCGGUCAGUGACGGCGCUCCGGUCAACAUGCCCAUCUGGUGGAUAGCACCCAACGAUACACAAGCGCACGCUAUUUGGGACGAAUACCUCCUGGGAGAAAAGAUCCUUGUAGCGCCAGUGGUGACUGAUGGCGCUAGAUCCAGGGACAUCUACCUUCCAGCAGGCACUUGGUAUGACCAGGGGGACAAGAGCAAGGUCAUCACAGGCCCCAUCACACUGAAGAACUACUCCGCACCUUUGGACACGCUCCCAUUCUUCAUAAAGGGUAACUCAGAAGCUCCUGUGUACUCUGCUCUCCUGGUAUUUAUAGGAGUAGUAACUAAUUUGUUGUAUAGUUGUGUAGUAAAGUUUAAUAAAUGAAUAAAUAUUUUUUUAUAAUUGUAUGUUGUUUACUACUUAACUAUGUGAUAUUUUCUUUUGAAUAAAAAUUGUUUUA